AUGAGUUUAAAUCAUGAAAAAUCUUUAUCAUUAAUAACACAAUUGGAGAAUACGUUAGAUGCAUUUGAUUCUGCAAGAGAAUUGAUUCAUUUAAAUAACUCAAUUUUAAUUUCAAAUGAAAAUUUAAUAAAUUUAAAAGCUAUCAAAAAGAAAUACAUUUUAGAUUCAUUUAUAAUAAGUAGAUUUCAAAAAGAAUUUAAAGAAUUUCAAUAUGAUGAAAAACUUGAGACAAUGGAUAUGAAGAAUUUUGAUUACAAUAAAAUUGUUGGUGAAAUUUCAAGGUUAAAUACUAAACUUGAUACAUCAUUUACUGAUUUUGAAAAAUUAAGUAGGCAAGUUAAAAUUCCUCAAUUCAAGAUUUCAGUUGAAACUUUAACUCAUUUAAAUGAUGCAGAAUUGUUGAAAAUAGCUCAGAAUUCAAUUUCUGAAAAUACUGAUAAAAAUGUGGAAUUGAAUCAAUUAUUUUCAUUAAAAGAAGAUGCAGUGUUACCUUUUAUCGAUUAUUCAAGAAUUAACAAAGUGAUAAAUUUGGAAUUUCGUUUGAGAUUAAGAAAAAGAUUGAAUUAUGAACUACUAACAUUUCUAAAAAAUCAGUUACAAUACGAAAAUAAACUUUGGAUACAAAGGGAACAACUGUUAUCAGAAUUUCUUACAAAGCCUUUGGCGGAUACUUUAACUCAAGUGGAAAGAAUUAUAAAUGAGUCGAAUAAAGAGAAUGAUGCUCGUGCUGAAAGUGAAGAAGAAGAGGAUGAUGAUGAAGAUGAUUAUAAUGCAAGAUAUAAAAGCAAUUUAGACACUGAAGAAGACGAAAAUAAAGAAACUACUGACCAUAAAAUGGAUACUCAUGAAUUUAUCGAUGAUUUAAAUGAAAAUGCUCAAGAUGAGGCAUACUUCAAUACAUUAAAGUCUGAUGAUGAAGAUCGAGAAUAUUCAUCAGUAUCCAAUCAGGAUGAAAAUAUGGACGAUGAAGAUAAAAAAUAUGAUUCAGAUGAUGAUUUGAAUUUAAAUUGA